CCCAAACAAACUAUCAGAAACAGAAAAUCAAAAACCCCUCCGUGUCUCAUUCUUUCGCAUUACCGAAUCGAAUCGAAUAUAAGAUUCAAAUAAAUAAAACGAUCAUAUCGCGAACGAGUCGUCGCAUUCGCAGUCGAUUGCAUUUUACUGCCUUUUAUAUGAUCAUCUUCUAGUGUCUCUCACGAACCCGUCCCUGAUGUGGCUUUUGGGAUUUUGAGUCCUUUGGUUCUCUUUAUUUCCUGGGAUUUACAUAAACUUUCCUCGUUUCUUUUGUUCGUCCGUCCUUUAUUAGUACGUCCAAAACAAUGGCCGAGAAAGAUAGGAACGUCACGGAGAACAUGAAGAGGAAUGGAGAGCUCGAAAUGUUGAUGAGUGAGAUCCCCAAUCCAAAUGCUCGGUACCUCAAUCAUUCUAAUCGUCACCACCAUCAUCAGCUUGGGAAUGGUUCACCUAUUAGCAGAGUUUCUCUGCGGUCAGGGUCGUCUUCUUCGAGUUCUUUCUCAAAUGGGUUUUGCUCCUCUGAAGACGGUUCGCCAUGUCCUAUUUCAUUUGAGGAGGCUAAGCAUCAAACACCCAGUACCCGUUACUUGAGCAUUAAUGGGAAGCCGGGGGAUGACAUGGGGUUGUCUGAGACUUUUCAUAGAAUGCAUAUCAGUGAGGAACAGAGGGAUGGUACUAAUAUGAGGGGAUUUGAGGUGGAUUCCAAUGGGUUUGGGUUCGGUCAUCCUUAUUUAGGUGCAACUAUCCCAUGGAAUGCGGAAAAAUAUGGUGAAGGUUUUAGCAAUGUUGCUUUUGAUUUGGAGGGUUUUCAAUCCUCUAGUCUUGGAGUUCCGGCGAGUUUUAACGAUAAUAGGAGGUUGAAUUUGCUUGGUUUGCGGGGUGGAUAUAGAGAGAGUGAUUCAAUCGGUUCUUAUCUCGCUCAUCAUCCGUUUAAUGCUUUGUGUUCUGGCCCCAAUUCUAACACAAACCAUAUGAAUUUUUUACCGGAGAAAAGAAAUGAACGUGGAACUGGAAGUGGCUCUUACUAUGGAGGCGUUCAAAGACAGAACCCAACUACAGUUUGGCCUUACCUUAAUGAUGCUUCUAUUAGCACUCCAUGGUGUGAGACGGAUUCUAAUGGAGUGGGGGGUCUUAUGGAACCACUGAUUUCCCCUCGGUCGAUACACCACCCCAAGCUGGCUUUGAAUGUGGAUGAUUCCUUAAGCAGUCGUCCCAUGAUCAAUGAAAGGACUCGAGCAAUCCCAAAUAACGUGGUUCCUCAAUCUAUAUCUCUGAGAGGUGCAAGGGACGUCGAUGCUUUUACUUGUGAGGAUGGUUUCAUCAUAAAAGGGAACAGUAUGAAUUAUGCCAUCAACAGUAAACCCAACGCUUCAAGGAGUCUUGAGAAUAAUUGCUACAACGAGGUGGCAGGAACAAACCAACGAGGGAAAAACUCUGAAUGGGAUAGUUACUAUAAUUUUGGGAAAAUUUGUGAAAAUGCUCCGCGUCCGAGUAGUGAUUGUCCACUAUUCUUGCAACGACCCUUGAGUUCUUUGGCUGAGAUCCAGGGUUAUAUAUAUUUCUUAGCAAAGGAUCAACAUGGUUGUCGCUUCUUACAAAGGCUGUUUGAUAAGGGAACGUGUCAAGACGUGCAAAUCAUAUUUAAGGAAAUCAUCGGUCACCUUGUUGAGCUUAUGACGGAUCCAUUUGGAAAUUAUCUUGUACAGAAGUUGCUGGACGUGUGCAACGAAGAACAGAGAAUGCAGACCGUGCUCAUGGUGACCAACCAACCAGGACAACUCAUCAGAAUAUCUCUAGAUCCACAUGGCACGCGUGUGGUACAGAAGUUGAUAGAGACGGUCGGAGCUAAGAAGCAGAUUUCGCUGGUUAACUCUGCACUUGAACCAGGUUUUCUUACUCUUGUUAAGGAUCCGAAUGGCAACCAUGUGAUACAACGUUGCUUGCAAUGCUUUAGCAAUGAUGAUAAUAAGUUUAUCUUUGUUGCUGCUACGAAGUUUUGUGUAGACAUGGCAACUCAUAGGCAUGGAUGUUGUGUAUUGCAACGCUGCAUUGCACGUUCAGUUGCAGAACAUCGAGAUAGGUUGGUUGGUGAAGUUUCUAGAAAUGGGAUUCUCCUUGCUCAAGACCCCUACGGAAAUUAUGUUGUUCAGUAUAUUAUAGAGCUAAAGAUCCCAUCUGCAAGUGCCAAAUUGUUUUCUCAGUUCAAAGGGAACUUCGUACAGCUCUCCAAGCAGAAGUUCAGUAGCCAUGUGGUUGAAAAAUGCCUUACGCAUUUUGAAGAACAUAGGCCAAGAAUCAUCCGUGAGCUGCUCUCAGAGUCUCACUUCGACCAGUUAUUGCAGGACCGCUUUGCCAACUAUGUCAUUCAAUGUGCUUUAUCAGUUACCAAGGGCCCUCUUCAUGCUUCACUGGUCGAAGAAGUGGAGGCUCACAAAAUUUUAAGUACCAGCCCAUACUGCAAGAGGAUUUUCUCACGGAAACUCUUGAAGAAGUGAUGUGUAUUAAGCCUUUGGUAAGAUUAUUGUCAUUCUCUAAAGAACACCAAGAUUUCAAAUAACAAUGACUUCUCUUAUCUAUCUAGGGCACUAGUAUAUUAACUAUCCUUCAUUUGUCUUUUGCUGAUCUCCAGAAUGUAGGCUUUGUGUGGAAUCUCCACGAGUCUAAGAAGUGUAAAAAUCAAGUUUUGCUUGUACCGGCUCGUCACGAGGAUGUGUCUAUGUUGUUCUGUUGUCUUGUUGUUGACCUAAAUUUAGUAAUUUAUGAUGUAUGAUAUUUCAUAUGAUCGGAGGAACGGUCAGCUGUCUAAUUAGGUCUCAUGCCUGGAUUUCUUAUUGCUAUAUUUCUUUGUGAUUUUGAGAAGCUUAUUUGAUCAAAUCUCCUGGCUUUGGG